AGAGAGACAGGAAUAAGAAGAAACAAUCUAGAAGAAGGAAACAAAACAUACAUACAUACAUCACAGAGUCUGUUUUUUAAGGGUGGCAAGAGAAGAUCCAGUAGAGAGAGUACAAGAACAUCUCAGUUAGUGACAGUAGAUUGCAGUAUCUUCUUCUUCUUCUACUACAUCAGAGAUUCUAUUUUAGAUUUUCUGAAAACUGUGGCAACGACGAGGAGGCAUAAUCUACCGACGUCGGACUCCGGUGCGUUCACCGACUGGGCGGCUACGACGACGACAUCUUCACGCGCCACCGAGGAUCUAUCUCUUGGUUUCAAUGCUGGUCCAGCUGUCGUCCACGGUGGUUUAGCCUCAUCUCCUGCCGCCGCCGGCGUUCCAUCAUGGCCACUCGGAUCCUCUGUCCGUUAUGGCCUCCAGUCGUCGGCGGCGGCGGCGGCAGAGAUGGGUAUGGUCGGUCUAAGAGACGUAUACCUUGUUUCUCCGGCGUACCACCACCACCACCAGAACGCCGGAGUUGUAACUGGAUCCGACCAGAUCAACAGUAAUGCAGCGCUCGGGGUUGGGAUGAUUCCUCUUCUCACGGCGGCUCCGCCGCAUCAGCAAAACGUGGAAGACACCGACAUCAACUUCCUCGGAGAUGGUCGGAGAUGGCAGAACAGCAACGACAACAACCAGACGCAGUAUCUUCACUUCAAGAGUGCUCACCAGAUGGCGGUGGCGUCUAGCUCGAACAACUCGGGGUCUGGCUCGGCCGCGUCGGGAACCGCCACGUGUCAAGACUGUGGAAACCAGGCGAAGAAGGAAUGUAAGCAGAGGCGGUGCAGGACGUGCUGCAAGAGCCGUGGCUUUGAUUGUUCGACUCACGUGAAGAGCACGUGGGUCUCUGCUGCUCGUAGGAGAGAACGGCAGGUCAUGCCCACCACCGCGUCGACCUCCUCGGGGACCAAGAAGCCGAGGAUCGUUGGGUCUCAACAACAACAACAAGCCACUUCUCAUACUUCGACUUCUAACACGCCUCCUCAAAGUUUCGAAACCAGCUCCAGCCGCCAAGACGGAGAAGGGUGUAGAGAAGCUUGGCCGGGGCAGGUUAGGGCCGCGGCAGUGUUCAAGUGUGUGAGAGUGACGGCAGUGGAGGACGGGGACGACGAGUACGCAUACCAGGCGGUGGUUAAAAUCGGUGGCCAUGUCUUUAAAGGCUUUUUGUAUGAUCAAGGGCUUGAGCCUAAAGAAGGUUUUCCUAAUAUGUCGGACUUGCAUUUAGGUGGGGGAGCUAAUAGCACUAACGGAGUGUCUGCCUCACAGCCUAUUAUCGACCCGCCUAAUGUUUACGGUGGUGGUGGUUCAGGCGGUGGUUUUUACGGUUAAAUUAUAUCUAAACAGUUUCAUUAUUUGAAGUUAAUGUUCCUUUUUUUCUUUUCCAAAUGGUUUUGGAUAUAUAAACAAAUUGUUCAUGUGGAGGAAGUACUUCUAAUGCUGCAACAAACAUUCUUGGCAGAUGUUCUUUUUUUUUUCCUAAUUGGUGGAGAAAGGUUGUUGUUUAUUAUGGUUUUUAUUGUUUUGUUACUAUUUCUUCUGACACGGAAUGAAUGCAUUUCUCCAUGAA